AUGAUGCUUAUGGGAUCAUUGGGAUCGUUUGGUUACUAUAGUGCAGUGGCGGUAUACAAAUCUUGCCAGCAGAUACUACAAGAUACGUUUUGGACAAGUUCUAAACGAGAGGGAGACAGUUUGCAGGGUAAGCUAUUUGACACUUAUAGUACGAAUGUGGCUGAUUCAAAAGGCCACUCUUUAGUGAUUGACACUCUUCCCCCAAUAGACGAUGUUAAGAUCCCUAAGUACCCGGUCGUGUUGUGUCACGGUCUUUCUGGAUUUGACAGGUUAAUUCUAAUACCAUCAGUUAAAAAGUUGCUCACAUUGCUACAGCUUUCUGUAAAAGAGAAGAGUAGUGAUCUAUUUAUGGAGACAGCGGAUGAUACUAAUAGCAUCUGGGCGCUAGAUUAUUGGCUUGGAGUUCAAACUUUCUUGGAGUCUAAAGGCUGCGCGGUUAUCACUGCGAAAGUGCCAAGCUUUGGGAGUAUCGAAGAAAGAGCUGAAGUUUUGAACAAGUUUAUAGCUGAUGGUGUCAAGAAGUUAGAUCAGGAGCACAGAGGCAAGUUUAAGUUGAAUAGUGAGGGCAAGAUUAAAGUUAAUCUUAUCGCUCACUCGAUGGGCGGAUUGGACUGCCGAUAUUUGAUUAGUAAAAUAGAAAACAAAGAGUACGAUGUUAAGAGCCUUACUACUAUUGCAACUCCCCACCAUGGUUCUGAGAUGGCUGAUUAUGUGGUGGAAAAAUUUAAUUCAUUCAAGGAGACUGCAAACCUGUCCGAUAUGCCUCUUUUCUUACCUCCCGCGUUUUACCAAUUAACGACCUACCACAUGAAGCACUUUAAUAACAUUGUUCCCAACGAUUCCAAUGUCAGUUAUUUCAGCUAUGGUUCUUAUUUCUAUCCAAAAUGGUACAAUGUCUUCUAUCCUAGCUGGAAUAUAAUCUACAACAAGUCGAACGGAGAACCUAACGACGGUCUAGUUUCUACCAAGAGUAGUAGAUGGGGGCAAUAUCUUGGUUCAUUAGAUGAUAUUGACCAUCUGGACAUUAUUAAUUGGAGAAAUAAACUAAAUAUAGAUGUUAUUAUGGGUUUGGACAGAAACUGUUUUCGAAAUAAGAACGUUCAACCUCAGCAUAAGAUUGAUAUUUUACAUUUCUACCUGACGAUUACAGACAUGCUAGCACGUAAAGGCCUAUAA